ACUUCUUUCCACCAGUUGAAAAUAAUGAGAUUGGAGCAAAGGAAGGGCAAGGAGAAAACACCUCUCUCUGCAACACUUCAACUGUUUGUCUUUUCUUGACAUGAAGUUGCUCUAAAGGGCAGUACAAGGAAUUAAAGCAAGGAAGAAGAAACGACAGACACAGCAGGGAGACAAAAGCAGUAAACCUUGGCUGAGGUGAGAAAAAAUAAGUUGUGUGGGAGAGCAGAGGCAAAAAGAGAGAGCGACGAAAGGCAGGGGAGUGGAGGAGUGAGUCGCCCCGUUACUUCCAGCGAAGUGAGGGGAAAACAGGGGAAAAGAAGAAGAAGUAAGGAUUGAUAACGACUCAGGAAAGGAGGGAGAAGAGUCAGCUGGACAUGGGGCUUUGUGCUGUUCUCCUCAUCUGUCUCUCCCAGGCUGAGCUGGGAAGAGUCUGGGCUUAUGAGCAUGAAGAUGCACUUAGCGAGACUGUUCUGCAGACAGAUGGGGAUUUUUACGGUUUGCCCAGAACCAGGAGGGACCAGCAUUCCCCACACCAACACAGAGAAGUGCGACACACUGAAGGAAGAGGACUUGAUAUCACUACCCUGCCUGACAACAUGACCCGCAUAGUGGAGGACUCCCAGCGGUACUACAAAUGGCAGAGCUUUGGUCCAGCAGACAGACGAACGGAGGAAUUGUGGGUAAAUCUGAACAACCUUCACAAGAGCCAAGUCCAGAUCCACGGCAUACUGUCCAACGCACAUCGACAAGCAGCGAGGGUGGCGCUGUCUUUUGAUUUCCCUUUUUAUGGACACCACUUGAGACAAAUUAUCAUAGCGACAGGGGGAUUCAUCUUUAUGGGAGAUAUUACUCAUCGGAUGCUGACUGCCACGCAGUACAUCGCUCCCCUCAUGGCCAACUUUGACCCCAGCUAUGCCAAAAACUCCACAGUGAGAUACUCGGACAACGGUAAUGUAUUUGUGGUGCAGUGGGACAGCGUGUCGCUUAAGGACCGAGAGGCCGAAGGACCUUUUACUUUCCAGGCAGUCCUCAACAAAAACGGAACCAUUGUGUUCAACUACAGAGAUAUCCCUAUACCAGUGGAGAAAAUGAAUUCCACUGAGCAUCCAGUAAAAGUGGGACUGUCCGAUGCUUUCAUGGCACUCCCUCCCCCCUUGCAGGUCUCAGAAGCACAGCGCCGUACUAUCUAUGAGUAUCACCGUGUUGAGAUGAACAUCACAAAGAUCGUAGGGAGAUCUGCUUUUGAGUUCACGCCUCUGCCCACCUGUCUCCAACACACAUCCUGUGAUCUCUGCAUAACAUCCAACAUGACAACCGGCUGUGGCUGGUGCAACACACUUCAACGAUGUUCUGACGGUAUCGAUCGACACAGGCAAGAGUGGUUAGAUUAUAACUGCCCUGAAGAGGCAAAAGGCUCAUGUGAGGACUACAUCCCGGUACUACCUGAGGGAUCCAUGAGCUCCUACAACCAGUCCUCUCCAAGUCCAACACCUUCUUCAGCGGAGAUGGAAGGGCAGCCGGUCACUAGAGAUUUACAGUCGAGUCCACCCCACCAUACGGGGAUAACGGAGAACACGGCUAUCAUAGCGGGUGUAGUGGCAGCACUGGUGGUGCUUGUAGUUCUGACCUUACUGGCCGUGUACUACAUCAACACACACCCCACCGUGGCCCCACCCUUCUACCUCAUGCAGCGACGCACCAAUAACUACUGGCCCUCCAUGACGUUCCGCAACCAGGGCUGUCACUCCAGCUACGCCGAGGUGGAGCUAGGGGGUCAUGAAAAGGAAGGCUUCAUCGAAGCCGAGCAGUGCUGCUAAGAGUCCUGGACUUGCAGGACUAGAAGAAAGGACGACAUCUUGAGGAUUUCAAAGAUAUUACAGGGGAAUGAAUAUGGACGAUAAGGCCGACCAUCGACAGACCCUACUUCAAACUCUGCACCUGGACAGGGUUUUCUGUAACUGCUCUUGUAGCUUUGCCAGUUUUCUCUGUGUGUUUUACUCUUUGCCAUCACACAGGGGAUCUGUCAUAUUACUCAAGGGUUUAGGGUCUGAUAGAAAGCCGACUGUACGAAAUGAUGAGAUGCGGAUGUCAGGGAAUAAAUCAAACUAGCCUUCAUACUGCAAACCAACAUACAGCUCAACAUAACAAUGUGUUUUUUUGUGUCAUUCAGUAAAUGAAGUUACUUUUGUUUCUUGAAUCUUCCACGCGACCAACUGGUUGGUUCAUAUCAUGUUAUAUCUCUGUGGAAUUCACUAUAACAGAUAUUUAGCUAUGUAACGGAUAGUGUUUAUAAUGUCAUCUUGAAGUUCUCUGGAAAUAUUGUUUGGAUUAAUUUUAGAGGCAUCAAGUUAUGAGGGUUUUCUUUUAAUGUUUAUGUUUAAUUGUCUUCCAAUAAAAACUGAUGGUGAGUGUUGACAUUAA